GUAUGCCGCUCUGCCCUCCCACCCCGUCUCGGUGGUUUGACCAGGAAACGGAAGUGCGACUAGUUCUCCAGGCGCAUGCGUACAGACAGCCACCUGGACUUGGUCGUCUCUCUCGUCGCGGGUUUCCUCAGCGCGCCUGCGCAACGGGGUUGGCGGUGUUUUUGGAAAGAGCGUGCUGCGGGGGGCGGGGCCGGGGCCAGCCGGGGGGGCGCCCGGGAGAGAGACCCCCCCGCGCCAAGAGAGAGGCGGUGCGAGUCCCCGAGCAGCGAGGCCAAGCGGGCAGGCCUGGGAUGAUGGAGCCCCCCCUGGGGAAAAUCCUGACCCCGCAGGAGAAGGAGAAGCUGAGAGAAAAGCUGGCCUUACUGAAAAGAGAAUACAGCAAAACAUUCAACAGGCUGCAGCGUGCUGAAAGAGCCGAGAAGGUCCGAGAUCACGUCCAGAAAACAGUUGCUGAGCAGAAUGAGUUGCUUAUGCAGGACAAAGCAGAGAAGGACCUUGCAGAAUCCACCAGCCAGAUCUCCCCUACAGGCACCUUUCCAGAGCUGAGCGCUGCAAACAUGACAUCCGUCUCCUUCAGACUGGAGCCUGAGGUCUUCUGCCAGGGAGGCAGCUUGCCAAAGAACUCUGGCUCUGAGCGCCCCAAGCAGGACCCGACAAGGGCCCUCUUUGGUCUGGCCGGGCUUGCUCCUGAGGAGAAACGGACGCUGCUGCCCAGAAGCAGAUCCAAGUUGCGACGGAAGGCGGUCCUGGCACGGGAGGAGGGUGGCGAGUCUGCCCGUGAGGUGCUUUGGAGAAAGAGUGAAUGCGAGUCGGGAGGCCCAAGAGGCUCUGUUGGGGCUUCUGGGUCACCAGUCUUCAAGAGCAGGAGCAGCAGCGCUUGGGAGCUGGACCAGAGCGUGCUGCAGGUCUCCCCAGUGGCCGCAGCUAAAGGCGGUGUUGAGCCACAGCUGGAGACAUCUGGAGCAACCCCCUCUCCUGGCCUCUCCAGCAGGCCGCUUCCUUGUGGACAGUCCUCUGAGAGCCAGGUGUCUUUGCCUGAGCCUCUGGGCGAGGAAGGCGUCUUGGCUAACUCGGGCAGUCCAGCUGCCAAGACCCCUGUUUCACAGGGAGGGCAAGAAACUGUCCAGGCCGGAAAGGAGCAUGCCUGGGCGGGGGAGGAAGCAGCGUGUGGGCCUGCAGAAGCGGCACUCGCCUCUGAGGCUCUCCCGGGGGCUGCCCUGUCGGAAGGCAAAGGGCAGAGCCGGGUGACUCUUGGUGACAGAGGGACUCCCAUGGACAAGCCCGAUGAAGAGGCCUUGUGGGGCCCGGCUGAAGCUGGGCCUGCCCUCCUGGAGCAGGCGCCUCCUGUCACUCCCGCCAAGAGCCCGCUGAGCUCCUGCACAGUCGUUGAGGGGCUGCUCUUCCCUGUGGAGUAUUAUGUCAGGACCACGCGGCGGAUGUCCAGCUGCCAGAGGGAGGUGAACCUGGCGGCGGUCAUCGAGAGCCAGCUGGGAAAGAGCCGGAGGCGGCAGAGGCUGGCCGGCACCAGGGCAGCCGUGCCCUCCCAAGAGCUGGUGGGGAGCAGCGGCCAGGCCAGGGGGGGCCCUUCUUCUUCCCCGCCUCCCAGUGCUGAUGCUGCAGCCCCUGCAGCCCCGCAGGCGCUCCUCCCUCUCUCUCAUGAGAGCACCGCUCCCAGCGAGAGCCUGACUCCGAGCGGGGUGCUCACCCGGCACCGAAGAGCGGGGAGGCCGAGGAGGAGGGGGGCAGCAGCGGGGCCGAGCCGCCGAACUGCAAGCUGCUGGUCACAGGAGCCGACGGAGACCUCGGGGCCAGCUGCCCCCCGAGGCAGCAGUGGUCUUGUGUCAAAGGAGGCCCAAGAGAACAGCCCUGGUGAAGGCGAGGGGGGGACGCUGCUCCCCGUUGCUGCUGCUGCUGCCGCCAGGGGCCGUGCAGAAGCUGAGCCAAGUGGCAAGAGGCGGCUGGCUGGAUCGGAAGGCGGGCAGAGCUCCCGCACAGCCCGCCUGGGACCCGAAUCUGCCUCCAGCGUCGUGAGAGGUUUGAGAGCCCACAGCGAGGUGCGUCACUCGGAGGGCAGGCCGGCGGGACGGGACGGGACUCGGGGCCAAGCUGGGGCCACGCUGGCGCCACUGGAUGCCGCCUCUCCACCUCAAGAGGAGCCCCCGGAGGCUGCUCUGCAGUGCAAGAGGAGAAGGAUGUCCCCAGGGCGAAAGAGGGGCUUCCCGCGUGCGGCGCAUCCCGCUUCUCUAGGCCUCUUCUGGGCCGAGGGCGGCAUCCCGGAGCUCCCCUUCCCUGUCAGAAAUGAGAGGGCCUGUCUGAAGUGGCUGCCUGCCAAGCUGGACCUCCAAGAAUUUCACCUGCCCGAAGAGGAAUUUGGCUUCCUCAAAUCCCAAAAACUCGACGCUUGUGCUGUAGAACUGCUGGAGACGUUUGGUGCUGGCAGAUCGGCCGAGCGCCUCCCGCAGUUUGCUGCUGAGGAAGGAUCCUCUGCGCCUGGCGACGUUCCUGCUUCUUUGGAGGAUGAGCCGCCAGCGCUGCCACCCAUCCUGCAGCCCCUGCACAAGGCACGGAUCCCCUCCAGCAAGUGGCUCCUCUCUCCAGCCCUGGAGGGCGCCCACAGCGGCCUGCUGGAGUCCCAGCCGCCUACUCCCGCUUUCCCUGCCGUGGGGGCGACCCCAGCAGCUCCCCCAGCCUCUGUGCCUGACAUGUUGUUGUUGUGUGCGUCUCCUUCGCAAGUGGAGGAGCCAGGCACCUUGGGAGCCGCUCCUGCCCUGCCCGGGGCUGGCCCGGAGGAAGCAGCCUGCAGCAUGGGAGGGCCCAGCCCAGGCGGAGACAGCUGGAGGCCUGGGGGGAGUCCGUUUCCAGCCGUCGCGUCUGGAGGGCAGGACGAGGACGCGCCCAAACAGGACAGAGUGGUGGCUGGGAACCUGGCAGAGGCUGCAGGAGAGAGCCAGAGAGCAGGGAGCUUGCAGCUGACUUCGAGACUGAAGAACUUCUCUGGCUCCUGCUCUGUGGACGUGGGCACGGUGUGCUGGGAGGCUGCUGCCGGCUCCUCCGAAUUGUGUAUUGUGACUGCUUGUGAAACCUCCGUCUCCCUCUGGAGGCACCUGGACCCCGGCCACUGGGAGGCCCUGCAUACCUGGCACCUGGCAGAGGUCCCUGUCAUCCAAAUCAUUCCCCUGCCGGGCAUCAAGAGCCACGUCUGUGUGGCCCUGGGCAGUCUGGAGAUUGCAGAGAUCAGGUUCUUGUUUCAUUCUUCCGAGGACGGUUGCACUCAGCAGUCACUCAUCAAAGCUGGCCACAUCAAAGCUGUCCUUGGCCUGAAGGGCAGGCGGCUGGUCAGCAGUUGUGGGUCGCUCCAAGACCAAGAGGUGGAAGUCACUUCUUUCUCUGAGGCAGGAAGGGCCAGUGAGAGGCAGCCCUUGAUGCCCUCCCAAGAAACCCUUUUGGCUUUUGCUGAGGUGGACGGGAUGCAGGAGGGUUUGGUUGGCAUGACGACCCUGAACUGUGUGGUGGUCUGGAACCUGAGAACGGGCCAGCUGCUGAGGAAGAUGCCUGUGGGCUGCUCUGAGCCAGCUUCGGUCUGCCACAGGGCCUACGCCGACUCGGGCCUCCUGUUUGUGGUCCUAAGUCACCCACAUGCCAAGGAGAGUGAGUCGCGUGGGAGCCCUGCCUUCCGGGUGGUCGCUUUCAAUCCCAAGACAGCCAGGAGUACGGGGGUGAUGCUCUUGUCCCUCCCUCUAGGGAUCGCAGGAAGGUACCUGGAAGGUGAUGUGAAGGAUACCUCUGCUGCAGCUGUGCUGACGUCUGGAGCGAUUGCCGUGUGGGACUUAUUUCUGGGGCAGUGCACGGCUCUGCUGCCCCCCCGUUCUGAGGGGAGCUGGUCUCUCGCCAGGUGGUCAGUCACAGACACUUGCCUGCUGGCUGGACUCAAAGACGGCAGCGUCUGCGUUUACAGCUACACCGUGCAGAGGCCGCCUUCUCUUUGAGAGACUUGCCCCCUUUGGAGGCGAGUGGCUCGGACAAUCGGACAGCAGGGCAGGAUUUCCUGUGCUGGAGGAAUUCCUCACUGGGGCUGGGUCCUUUCCUCCGUGACAGAUUGGAAUGUAUUCCUGGAUGAAUC